UCACGUCUCUGUCAGUCACACGGGGCCUGGACAUGGCGGUCGCCGGCCGCUGGCAGCCUCCCCGGCCCUGCGAGGUCUACCGCGCCGAGUGGGAGCUCUGCCGCAGCGCCGGGCACCUCCUACACCACUACUACGUCCACGGCGAGCGGCCGGACUGCAGGCAGUGGCUGCGCGACCUGGCCAGCUGCCGCGAGUGGGAGGAGAGCCGCAGCCCGCAGGCCCAGCGAUCGCUCUGUGAGAGUGAGCAGGCACGGGUCCAGGCUGCACAGAAGCAGACUCUGGUAUGGGCCUUGAGGCAGAGACCGCCUGCAGACUGGAACCUCCCUCUGCCACAGGAGAAGGACAAGUGAUGAGUGACAAGCAAUUGCAACCGGGUUCUUGACUUGGACUUUGACCUGGAAUACAUGGACGGCAUUCCAGUUC